AUGACGGUGGUUCCCGACGCCGAGCCUGAGGAAAAGGCCAGCAUGGUUAUUCCUGAAGAAAGAGAAGGCAGAGAUGAAACAAACCUGGACCUGGCAAGGGGCUCCGUGUCAAGCCAAGCUCCCACCGACACACGCAAGGCAGGCGGCCAGGAGCAGCAGGGCGCCCCGCAGCGCGUGGUGGUGGACAUGCGGGAGUUUCGCAGCGAGCUCCCCUCGCUGAUCCACCGCCGGGGCAUAGACAUCGAGCCUGUGACCCUGGAGGUGGGUGACUACAUCCUGACCCCCGAGAUGUGCGUGGAGCGCAAGAGCAUCAGCGACCUGAUCGGCUCCCUGAACAACGGCCGCCUGUACAGCCAGUGCGUGGCCAUGGCCCGCUACUACCCGCGGCCGCUGCUGCUCAUCGAGUUCGACCCCCGCAAGCCCUUCUCGCUCACCGCGCGCGGGGCCUGGUACCCGGAGACCUCGGGCACCGACGUGAGCGCCCGGCUCGCCCUGCUGACCCUGCACUUCCCGCGGCUGCGGCUCCUCUGGUGCCCGUCCCCGCACGCCACGGCCGAGCUGUUCGAGGAGCUCAAGCUGCAAAAGCCGCAGCCCGACGCCGCGGCCGCCGCGGCGGUCACGGCCGACUCGGACACGCUGCCCGAGUCCGACAGGUACCGCCCCGGGCCCCAGGACUUCCUGCUGAAGAUGCCGGGAGUGAACGCCAAGAACUGCCACGCGCUGAUGAACCAGGUCGGGAGCCUCGCGGAGCUGGCACGCCUGUCGCAGGCCGAGCUGGCGGCCGUUCUGGGCAACUCCGCCAACGCCAAGCAGCUGUACGACUUCAUCCACACGCCCUACGCCGAGGUGGUGACCCGGGGGAAGGGGAGGAAGUGAGGCGCGCCCGCUUCCCGCCCGCGGGUGCUUUCGGGGGGGGUCCCGGCCCAGGUUCCGCCUUGAACGUUGCCAGGGGGGCCAGACCUGCGCCCUCCGCCCUGCGCCUGCCCGCCAGGGCUAGGGCUGUUUGCUUUUUGAGCUGUGUCCGCAGCAGGUAACGUCGCCACGCGUGUUUAGGCAGGUCCUGGAACAGGCAGCAGGAGCCUGUGUGCCCCACCCAAACCGACCAGACACUCCGCUGUGUUCCCCCUCUCCGCAGAGGGCCCCCGGAGCGCCGAGGGGGACGCGCUCUGCCCUCCCCACCCUCCCUCCACUGUGUUUCCCUCAACUCUCAACUUCUUCCACCUGCCUUUCCCCCCGAGGAGAAGUGUGGGCAUCAGCUUCCCACCCUGGCUGAAGAUGGUCCUCUGGCCUGGCCCCUUCACUCUCUGGCCAUCUUAUCUGCGCAGUAUGUCCCCUUGGUUGUUCUGAACCAGUAUUUUAAAACACGCAAUGAAUUACUUGUUUGCCAGGAUGUGUGGGUUACGUGACGAUGCCCUUAGAAUUCUGUUUCUGCAGAUAGCCAGGCUCCCAAGUCCCAGAACCCUGAGGCCCAAGUGGCUAGUUACAGCCUCAGAGGCAUCCUCGCUCCGGGCCUCCCAGCCUCUCUCCUAGGUGUGAGGCACCAA